AUGAUGACGUGCCGUCUGCUGUGCGCCCUGUUGGUGCUUGCCCUGUGCUGCUGCCCGUCCGUGUGCGGGACAGAGGGUAGCGAUAAACUAGCUCAAUCCGUUCAGAAGUCCGAUCCACAACCGGGAAUAAGCGGGACGGACGGUAGGCAGAAGGAUAAAAACGAGGUCCCAGGUCCAGGGGUCGUUACACCAACGGUUCAAGACAAUAACAAUGUAGAAGAAAAAACAGUUCCGAAAGCCAAUGAGAAUGCCAACAGUCAAGAUGCAUCAGUUGCGUCUGUUCAGUCAGCGAA